AUGUCUUCUCAUACAGGCACCUUCAACGCUCCUGCUACACGGGCCAGCCGCUAUGUAGACCCCGAUGUGCAUGAGGAGCUUGUAUUGGCGUUUGCGGAUCUGGAAGUUCGUAAUGAGGAGCUCGAACGAAACUACGAUGACCUCGAGUAUGCGUACGAGCAGACGAAGGCACUCGUCGAGCUCGCGCCUGACGACUCUGACGCCACAGAAAUGCCACCCAACUACAACAAGAUCAACAACGACCCCUCAAACGACGACUGGUACGGCCCCUGUAUCGAAGCUCAGGCUAAGGUCCAGGCUCUCGAGGCAGAGGUUGCCAAACUCAAGCACAAAAACUUCAGUCUUGAGUGCCAGGUCGAGCGUCUUGGGGGCGAGGUCGAGUCUAGCGAUGAAGUCCCCGUUACUCCUGCAGCCGAAACUACUUUCCCCGACGACGAGCCCUUGGAUGAAGCCAUUGUCACGUCUGCGUCCGAGACUGCUUCCCCCGCCGACGAGCCAUCGGAUGAGACCGUCGUCACGCCUGAAGCUGAUCCGGCUCCCGCCGACGACGAGCCGAGAGGCCACAAGCGUACUCUCUCGCAGUCCGAGGUCGCAUCAACUGAGAAUGUCGAGAGCAAGAAGGCCCGCCCUGCAUUCUGGAGUGGAGACCUGACGAGGCGACCUAAGAAAAACCCAAAGAGACGUCAAGCGCAGACACAGGUUUGA